AUGGCGUGGUGCGUAGUGCGUGGGUCUCCCGCUUUCCAUCACCCCGCCCCAUUCUCCCGCUUUCCAGCACCCUGCCCCAUUCUCCCACUUUCCAUCACCCCACCCAAUUCUCCAGCUUUCCAUAACCCCGCCCCAUUCUCCCGCUUUCCAUCACCUCGCCCCAUUCUCCCGCUUUCCAUCACCACACCCCAUUCUCCCUCCUUCCAUCACCCCGCCCCAUUCUCCCUCCUUCCAUCACCCCGCCCCAUUCUCCCGCUUUCCAUCACCCCGCCCCAUUCUCCCGCUUUCCAGCCCCCUGCCCCAUUCUCCCGCUUUCCAUCACCCUGCCCCAUUCUCCCGCUUUCCAGCACCCCGCCCCAUUCUCCCGCUUUCCAUCACCCCGCCCCAUUUUCCCGCUUUCCAGCACCCAGCCCCAUUCUCCCGCUUUCCAUCACCCUGCCCGCUUCUCCCGCUUUCCAUCACCCCGCCCCAUUCUCCCGCAUUCCAUCACCCCGGCCCAUUCUCCCACUUUCCAUCACCCCGCCCCAUUUCUCCCUCUUUCCAUCACCACGCCCCAUUCUUCCCCUUUCCAUCACGCGCCCCAUUCUCCCGCUUUCCAUCACCCCAUCCCAUUCUCCCGCUUUCCAUCAACCCACCCAUUCUCCCUCUUUCCAUCACCCCGUGCCAUUCUCCCUCUUUCCAUCACCCCGCCCCAUUCUCCCGCUUUCCAUCACCCCGCCCCAUUCUCCCUCUUUCCAUCACCCCGCCCCAUUCUCCCUCUUUUCAUUACCCCGCCUGAUUCUCCCGCUUUCCAUCACCCCACCCCAUUCUCCUGCUUUCCAUCACCCCGCCCCAUUUCUCCCUCUUUCCAUCACCCCACCCCAUUCUUCCGCUUUCCGUCACGCGCCCCAUUCUCCCGCUUUCCAUCACCCCGCCCCAUUCUCCCGCUUUCCAUCACCCCGCCCAUUCUCCCUCUUUCCAUCACCCCGCCCCAUUCUCCCUCUUUUCAUUACCCCGCCUGAUUCUCCCGCUUUCCAUCACCCCGCCCCAUUCUCCCGCUUUCCAUCACCCCGCCCCAUUUCUCCCUCUUUCCAUCACCCCACCCCAUUCUUCCGCUUUCCGUCACGCGCCCCAUUCUCCCGCUUUCCAUCACCCCGCCCCAUUCUCCCGCUUUCCAUCAACCCGCCCAUUCUCCCUCUUUCCAUCACCCCGCCCCAUUCUCCCUCUUUCCAUCACCCGCGCCAUUCUACCUCUUUCCAUCACCCCGCACCAUUCUCCUGCUUUCCCUCACCCCGCCCCAUUCUCUCUCUUUCCAUCACCCCGCCCCAUUCUCCCUCUUUUCAUCACCCCGCCCCAUUCUCCCUUUUUCCAUCACCCCGCCCCAUACCCCCGCUUUGCAUCACCCCGCCCCAUUCUCCCGCUUUCCAGCACCCCGCCCCGUUCUCAAGCUUUCCAUCAUCCCACCUCAUUCUCCCGCUUUCCAUCACCCCGCCCCAUUCUCCCGGCUCUCAUCACCCCGCCCCAUUUCUCCCUCUUUCCAUCACCCCGCCCCAUUCUUCCGCUUUCCAUCACGCGCCCCAUUCUCCCGCUUUCCAUCACCCCGACCAUUCUCCCGCUUUCCAUCACCCCGACCAUUCUCCCUCUUUCCAUCAUCCCGCCCCAUUCUCCCUCUUUCCAUCACCCUGUGCCUUCUCCCUCUUUCCAUCACCCCGCCCCAUUAUCCCUCUUUCCAUCAACCCGCCCCAUUCUCCCUCUUUCAAUCACCCCGCCCCAUUCUCUUUCUUUUCAUCACCCCGCCCGAUUCUCCCUCUUUCCAUCACCCCGCCCCAUUCUUCUGCUUUCCAUCACCCCGCCCCAUUUCUCCCUCUUUCCAUCACCCCGCCCCAUUUUUCCGCUUUCCAUCACGCGCCCCAUUCUCCCGCUUUCCAUCACUCGCCCCAUUCACCCGCUUUCCACACCCCGCCCAUUCUCCCUCUUUCCAUCACCCCGCCCCAUUCUCCCUCUUUCCAUCAACCCGCGCCAUUCUCCCUAUUUCCAACACCCUACCCCAUUCUCCCGCUUUCCCUCACCCGCCCCAUUCUCUCUCUUUCCAUCACCCUGCCCCAUUCUCCCUCUUCUCAUCACCCUGCCCCAUUCUCUCUCUUUCCAUCACCCCGUCCCAUUCUCCCGCUUUCCAUCACCCCGCCCCAUUCUCCCUCUUUUCAUCACCCCUCCCGAUUCUCCCGCUUUCCAUCACCCCGCCCCAUUCUCCCGCUUUCCAUCACCCGCCCCAUUCUCCUGCUUUCCAUCACCCCGCCCCAUUUCUCCCUCUUUCCAUCACCCCGCCCCAUUCUUCCACUUUCCAUCACGCGCCCCAUUCUCCCGCUUUCCAUCACCCCGCCCCAUUCUCCCACUUUCCAUCACCCUGCCCCAUUCUCCCGCUUUCUAUCACGCCACCCCAUUCUCCUGCUUUCCAUCACCCCGCCCCAUUCUCCCACUUUCCAUCACCCCGCCCCAGUCUCCCCAUUCUCCCGCUUUCCAUCACCCCCUUUCCAUCACCCCGCCCUAUUCUCCCACUUUCCAUCACCCCGCCCCAUUCUCCCACUUUCCAGCACCCCUCCCCAUACUCCCGCUUUCCAUCACCCCGCCCCGAUCUCCCGCUUUCCAUCACCCCGCCCCAUUCUCCCGCUUUCCAGCACCCCGCCUCAUUCUCACGCUUUCCAUCACCCCGCCCCAUUCUCCCGCUUUCCAUCACCCUGCCCGCUUCUCCCGCUUUCCAUCAGCUUGCCCCAUUCUCCCGCAUUCCAUCACCCCGGCCCAUUCUCCCACUUUUCAUCACCCCGCCCCAUUUCUCCCUCUUUCCAUCACCCCGCCCCAUUCUUCCGCUUUCCAUCACGCGCCCCAUUCUCCCGCUUUCCAUCACCCCACCCCAUUCUCCCGCUUUCCAUCACCCCGCCCAUUCUCCCUCUUUCCAUCACCCUGCCCCAUUCUCCCUCUUUCCAUCACCCCGCCCCAUUCUCCCUCUUUUCAUCACCCCGUCUGAUUCUCCCGCUUUCCGUCACCCCGCCCCAUUCUCCCACUUUCCAUCACCCCGCCCCAUUUCUCCCUCUUUCCAUCACCCCGCCCCAUUCUUCCGCUUUCCAUCACGCGCCCCAUUCUCCCGCUUUCCAUCACCCCGCCCCAUUCUCCCGCUUUCCAUCACCCCGCCCAUUCUCCCUCUUUCCAUCACCCAGCCCCAUUCUCCCUCUUUCCAUCACCCCGCGCCAUUCUACCUCUUUCCAUCACCCCGCACCAUUCUCCUGCUUUCCCUCACCCCGCCCCAUUCUCUCUAUUUCUAUCACCCCACCCCAUUCUCCCUCUUUUUAUCACCCCGCCCCAUUCUCCCUCUUUUUAUCACCCCGCCCCAUUCUCUCUAUUUCCAUCACCCUGCCCCAUUCUCCCGCUUUCCAUCACCCCGCCCCAUUCUCCCGCUUUCCAUUACCCCACCCCAUUCUCCCGUUUUCCAGUACCCCGCCCCGUUCUCCCACUUUCCAUCACCCCACCCCAUUCUCCCGCUUUCCAUCACCCCGCCCCAUUCUCCCAGCUUUCAUCACCCCGCCCCAUUUCUCCCUCUUUCCAUCACCCCGCACCACUCUUCCGCUUUCCAUCACGCGCCCCAUUCUCCCGCUUUCCAUCACCCCACCCCAUUCUCCCGCUUUCCAUCACCCUGACUAUUCUCCCUCUUUCCAUCAUCUCGCCCCAUUCUCCCUCUUUCCAUCACCCUGUGCCUUCUCCCUCUUUCCAUCACCCCGCCCCAUUAUCCCAAUUUCCAUCAACCCGCCCCAUUCUCCCUCUUUCAAUCACCCCGCUCCAUUCUCUUUCUUUUUAUCACCCCGCCCGAUUCUCCCUCUUUCCAUCACCCCGCCCCAUUCUCCCGCUUUCCAUCACCCCGCCCCAUUCUCCCUCCUUCCAUCACCCCACCCCAUUCUCCCGCUUUCCGUCACCCUGCCCCAUUGUCCCUCCUUCCAUCACCCCGCCCCAGUCUCCCUCCUUCCAUCACCCCGCCCCAUUCUCCCGCUUUCCAUCACCCCGCCCAAUUCUUCCGCUUUCCAUCACCCCUGCCUAUUCUCCCGCUUUCCAUCACCCCUGCCUAUUCUCCCUCUUUCCAUCACGCCGCCCUAUUCUCCUUCCUUCCAUCACACCGCCCCAUUCUCCCGCUUUCCAUCACCCCGCCCUAUUCUCCCGCUUUCCAUCACCCCGACCAAUUCUCCUGCUUUCCAUCACCCCUCCCCAUUCUCCCUCGUUCCAUCACCCUGCCCCAUUCUCCCUAAUUCCAUCACCCUGCCCCAUUCUCCCACUUUCAAUCACCCCGCCCCGUUCUCCCGCUUUCCAUCACCCCGCCCCGUUCUCCCACUUUCAAUCACCCCGCCCCAUUCUCCCGCUUUACAUCACCCCGCCCAGUUCUUCCGCUUUCCAUCACCCCGCCCCAUUCUCUCUCUUUCCAUCACGCCGCCCCAUUCUCCUUCCUUCCAUCACCCCGCCUUAUUCUCCCGCCUUCCAUCACCCCACCCAAUUCUUCCGCUUUCCAUCACCCCUGCCUAUUCUCCCGCUUUCCAUCACCCCUGCCUAUUCUCCCUCUUUCCAUCACGCCGCCCUAUUCUCCUUCCUUCCAUCACACCGCCCCAUUCUCCCGCUUUCCAUCACCCCGCCCUAUUCUCCCGCUUUCCAUCACCCCGACCAAUUCUCCUGCUUUCCAUCACCCCUCCCCAUUCUCCCUCGUUCCAUCACCCUGCCCCAUUCUCCCUAAUUCCAUCACCCUGCCCCAUUCUCCCACUUUCAAUCACCCCGCCCCGUUCUCCCGCUUUCCAUCACCCCGCCCCAUUCUCCCACUUUCAAUCACCCCGCCUCAUUCUCCCGCUUUCCAUCACCCCGCCCAGUUCUUCCGCUCUCCAUCACCCCGCCCCAUUCUUUCUCUUUCCAUCACGCCGCCCCAUUCUCCUUCCUUCCAUCACCCCGCCUUAUUCUCCCGCUUUCCAUCACCCCGCCCUAUUCUCCCGCUUUCAAUCACCCCGACCAAUUCUCCUGCUUUCCAUCACCCCUCCCCAUUCUCCCUCCUUCCAUCACCCCGCCCCAUUCUCCCUCCUUCCAUCACCCCGCCCCAUUAACCCACUUUCCAUCACCCUGCCCCAUACUCCCACUUUCCAACACUCCGCCCCAUUUUCCCGCUUUCCAUCACCUCGCCCAUUCUCCUGCUUUCCUUCACCCCGCCCCAUUCUCCCGCUUUCCAUCACCUCGCCCCAUUCUCCCGCAUUCCAUCACCCCGCCCCAUUUUCCCGCUUUCCAUCACCCCGCCCCAUUCUCCCGCUUUCCAUCACCACACCCCAUUCUCCUGCUUUCCAUCACGCCGCCCCAUUCUCCCGCUUUCCAUCACCCCGCCCCAUUCUCCCGCUAUCCAUCAUCCCGCCCCAUUCUCUUGCUUUCCAUCACCGUGCCCCAUUCAUCGGCUUUCCAUCACCCCGCCCCAUUGUCCCUCCUUCAAUCACCCCGCCCCAUUCUCCCGAUUUCCAUCACCCUGCCCCAUUCCCCAGCUUUUCAUCACCCCGCCCCACUCUCCCGCUUUCCAUCACCCCGCCCCAUUCUCCUGCUUUCCAUCACCCCGACCCAUUCUCCCGCUUUCCAUCACCCCUCCCCAUUCUCCUUCCUUCCAUCACCCUGCCCCAUUCUCCCUCCUUCCAUCACCCCUCCCCAUUCUCCCGCUUUCAAUCACCCCGCCCCAUUCUCCCGCUUUCCAUCACCCCGCCCCAUUCUCCCGCUUUCCACCACCCCGCCCCAUUCUCCCGCUUUCCAUCACCCCGCCCCAUUCUCCCUCCUUCCAUCACCCCGCCCCAUUCUCCCGCUUUCCAUCACACCGCCCCAUCCUCCCUCCUUCCAUCAUCCCGCCCCAUCCUCCCGCUUUCCAUCACCCCACCCCAUCCUCCCGCUUUCCAUCACCCCGCCCCAUUCUCCUUCUUUCAAUCACCCCGCCCCAUUCUCUCUCCUUCCAUCACCCCGGCCCAUUCUCCCGCUUUCCAUCACCCCGCCCCAUUCUCCCGCUUUCCAUCACCCCGCCCCAUCCUCCCGAUUUCCAUCACCCCGCCCCAUUCUCCCGCUUUCCAUCACCUCACCCCAUCCUCCCACUUUCCAUCACCCCGCCCCAUUCUCCCGCUUUCCAUCACCUCACCCCAUCCUCCCACUUUCCAUCACCCCGCACCAUUCCCCAACUUUUCAUCACCCCGCCCCAUAGUCCCGCUUUCCAUCACCCCGCCCCAUUUUCCUGCUUUCCAUCACCCCGACCCAUUCUCCCGCUUUCCAUCACCCCGCCCCAUUCUCCCUCCUUCCAUCACCCCGCCCCAUUUUCCUGCUUUCCAUCACCCCGCCCCAUUCUCCCGCUUUCCAUCACCCCGCCCUAUUCUCCCGCUUUCCAUCACCCCACCCCAUUCUCCCGCUUUCCAUCACCCCGCCCCAUCCUCCCGCUUUCCAUCACCCCGCCCCAUUCUCCCGAUUUCCAUCACCCCGCCCCAUUCUCCAGCUUUCCAUCACAACGACCCAUUCUCCCGCUUUUCAUCACCCCGCCCCAUUCUCCCUCUUUCCAUCAUUCCGCCCCAUUCUCCCGCGUUCCAUCACCCCGCCCCAUUCUCCCGCUUUCCAUCACCCCGCCCCAUCCUCCCGCUUUCCAUCACCCCGCCCCAUUCUCCCGCUUUCCAUCACCACGCCCCAUUCUCCCGCUUUCAAUCACCCCGCCCCGUUCUCCCGCUUUCCAUCACCCCGCCCCAUUCUCCCGCUUUCCAUCACCCCGCCCCAUUCUCCCGCUUUCCAUCACCCCUUCCCAUUCUCCCGCUUUCCAUCACCCCUUCCCAUUCUCCCGCUUUCCAUCACCCCGCCCCAUUCUCCCGUUUUCCAUCACCCCGCCCCAUUCUUCCGCUUUCCAUCACCCUGCCCCAUUCUCCCGCUUUCCAUCACCCAGCCCCAUUCUCCCGCUUUCCAUCACCCCGCCUAAUUCUCCCUCCUUCCAUCACCCUGCCCCAUUCUCCUGCUUUCCAUCACCCUGCCCCAUUCUCCCUCCUUCCAUCACCCCGCCCCAGUCUCCCUCCUUCCAUCACACCGCCCCAUUCUCCCGCUUUCCAUCACCCCGCCCCAUUCUUCCGCUUUCCAUCACCCCGCCCCGUUCUCCCGCUUUCCAUCACCCUGCCCCAUUCUCCCUCUUUCCAUCACUUCGCCCCAUUCUCCUUCCUUCCAUCACCCUGCCCCAUUCUCCCGCUUUCCAUCACCCCGCCCUAUUCUCCCGCUUUCCAUCACCCCGACCCAUUUUCCCGCUUUCCAUCACCCAUCCCCAUUCUCCCUCCUUCCAUCACCCCGCCCCAUAGUCCCGCUUUCCAUCACCCCGCCCCAUUCUCCCACUUUCAACCACCUCGCCCCGCUCUCCCGUUUUCCAUCACCCCGCCCCAUUCUCCCGCUUUCCAUCAACCCGCCCCAUUCUCCCGCUUUCCAUCACCCCGCCCCAUUCUCCCGCUUUCCAUCACCCCGCCCCAUUCUCCUGCUUUCCAUCACCCCGCCCCAUUCUCCCUCCUUCAAUCACCCCGUCCCAUUCUCCCGCUUUCAAUCACCCCGCCCCAUUCUCCUGCUUUCCAUCACCCCGCCCCAUUCUCCCGCUGUCCAUCACCCCGCCCCAUUCUCCCGCUUUCCAUCACCCCGCCCCAUUCUCCCUCCUUCCAUCACCCCGCCCCAUUCUCCUGCUUUCCAUCACCCCGCCCCAUUCUCCCGCUUUCCAUCACCCCGCCCCAUUCUCCCGCUUUCCAUCACCCCGGCCCAUUCUCACGCUUUCCAUCACCCCGCCCCAUUCUCCCGCUUUCCAUCACCCCGCCCCAUCCUCCCGCUUUCCACCACCCCGCCCCAUUCUCCCGCUUUCCAUCACCCCGCCCCAUUCUCCCGUUUUCCAUCACCCCGCCCCAUCCUCCCGCUUUCCAUCACCCCGCCCCAUUCUCCCGCUUUCCAUCACCCCGCCCCAUUCUCCCGCUUUCCAUCACCCCACCCCAUCCUCCCUCCUUCCAUCAUCCCGCCCCAUUCUCCCGCUUUCCAUCACCCCCCCCAUCCUCCUGCUUUCCAUCACCCCGCCCAAUUCUCCCGCUUUCCAUCACCCCGCCCCAUUCUCCUGCUUUCCAUCACCCCGCCCCAAUCUCCCGCUUUCUAUCACCCCACCCCAUUCUCCCGCUUUCCAUCACCCCGCCCCAUUCUCUUGCUUUUCAUCACCCCGCCCCAUGCUCCCGUUUUCCAUCACCCCGCCCCAUUCUCCCGCUUUCCAUCACCCAGCCCCAUUCUCCCACUUUUCAUCACCCCGCCCCAUUCUCCCGCUUUCCAUCACCCCGCCCCAUUCUCUCGCUUUCAAUCACCCCGUCCCAUUCUCCCGCUUUCCAUCACCCCGCCCCAUUCUCCCGCUUUCCAUCACCCAGCCCGAUUCUCUCGCUUUCCAUCACCCCGCCCCAUUCUCCCUCUUUCCAUUACUCCGCCCCAUUCUCCCACUUUCCAUCACCCCGCCACAUUCUCCUGCUUUCCAUCACCCCGCCCCAUUCUCCCGCUUUCCAUCACCCCGCCCCAUUCUCGUGCUUUCCAUCACCGCGCCCCAUUCUCCCGCUUUUGAUCACCCCGCCCCAUUCUCCCUCUUUCCAUCACCCCGCCCCAUUCUCCCUCUUUCCAUCACCCCGCCCCAUUCUCCCUCUUUCCAUCACCCCGCCACAUUCUCCCGCUUUCCAUCACCCCGCCCUAUUCUCCCGCUUUCCAGCACCCCGCCACAUUCUCCCGCUUUCCAUCACCCUGCCCCAUUCUCCCGCUUUUCAACACCCCGCCCCAUUCUCCCUCUUUCCAUCACCCCGCCUCAUUCUCCCGCUUUCCAUCACCCCGCCCCAUUCUCCCGCUGUCAAUCACCGCGCCCCAUUCUCCUGCUUUCCAGCACCCCGCCCCAUUCUCCCUCUUUCCAUCACCCCGCCCCAUUCUCUCUCUUUCCAUCACCCCGCCCCAUUCUCCUGCUCUCUAUCACCCCGCCCCAUUCUCCCGCUUUCCAUCGCCCCGCCCCAUUCUCCCUCUUUCCAUCACCUCGCCCCAUUCUCCCUCUUUCCAUAA